CUUCAGAAGGGAAAAUGCAUCGGUGAGAAUAUAUCACCGCAUGUACCGUCAGCUGUCGUUCACCUGCGUCUAUAUGUUCUCGCACCUGUGGACGUUGCCGCGGCGACGAGCGUGGCAUCAUAAUGGCAGCGAUUGAAAUAUUUUCGAGCUCCGUCAUUUACAAAUAUAAGAGCAAGAUAUAUUCCUGCGCCUCGAUCGUCGUCUUCGUGUUCAUUGUGCUAUCUUUGCUUACGCCGCUUUUUAUAAUCUAUAAUGCUGGAGGCAUUUGGAUAAGAAAUCGGAUGCAUGCGGAAACGCCGGACGUACAUUUCGAGUACAAGUAUCUACUGCUCGCGGAGGUGGAUCCUUACGAAGAACCUAUCGUAUGUUCCACGUUUACGACUUACAAAGAGAACGAGAUCAAAGAUCAUUGUAUACUAAUCAAGGUACGAGAGAACGAUCUAAACGGCGACGGACAGAAGGAUUCGUUGAAGUUUGAAGCUUAUUUUUAUACAGACAAACCAGUAAAAUCUCUGAGACUCUUGUUGUUCUUUAAUUUUCAGUUAAAGCAUCUCAUUCAAGCGGCAAUAGAAUCUAUCGGUGUGUUCGAUCAGGUGUUAAGCCAUGAAGUUCAAGAGAUACGGUUCUUUGGUGAUUUGGAGUUACGGCAGAAGGGACUCUUGCGCAGCGAAGGUCUCUACGAGACAUACAACCACAGCGUAGAUCUAUCCGAUUAUUCUCUACCUGAACUGCUGUUACACAAUUUUAACCGAAAAUUUUCAGCCAGAAUCACGAACGAGCGAGUAACGUGGCGAACCGGCUUCUCUGGCGAAGAAGCGGUGGCCGUCAUCGGCGAAUUAUUUUACGUGGAAAACUUUAUUUACUAUCAACCAAGUGUGUGGGAGGAAUUGAAAUGGGCAUGGAUCCAAUAUCUGUCAUGUCUGCUUGUUUUCGCAUAUUUGGCCAAGCACAUUUUAGUGUUUCUAUUUACCAACAGAUACCUAAACACGUAUAUCGUAAAACCGUGGGCGGAUAUAUAUAUAUAUAUAUAUAAAUAAGUGAUAAAUAAACGAAGUAAAUAUCUAGGUAAA